GUAAACACUUCCAGCUUUCAGCAACUAAACACAAGUUAACUAUGAGCGCGGGGCAUGAUGGGAGUACGGAAGUUCUCUCCGUCUCCGUGGCAACCUUUCGCAAAGCUCAAAGUCCAUUUGCCAGCUCACUGCGCAUCCUACGUGUGAUGUCUAUUCACAAAGCUGCGUUUCUAAUCUCCGUUCUUUGCGUAAAAUCAGCGGACGCUUUCCAUUGGCUGCUCGUCAGUGGAUUAUCACCGGAAUUCCCGAAAGUGGAGCGUUAUCGGCGUAGUUGCGGCCUGGCCCAGCGGACUGAGAGAAAGAGAUGGGAGUGGAAGGUCCUGGUGGGAAGGGAGAUUUCUCCCGGCACCAUUAAUACAAUGUAAUGAGCAUUCACGCAAAGGAAGACUCUCCGGGUAACAGCCGUGUUUUUAGUUUAGUGGAUCAGCUUGUCUUCUGGGUGAAGCAGCAGUCAUUAUGCAGGAUGAAUUGGACGGAAAGGCAGCCGCUGUUGUGUUGGGGCGAACCCUCGGUGAGCCGGCGAGAUUUGCCUAUGCUGGGCUUUGUGGCAUCUCUUUGGCGCAGCUCUAUCCUGAAAAAGAACAGAGGAGCUUCUGCACCAAGUUUGUGGAAGACUUGGUGGAUUGGCUGGAUCUGUCCAAGUCGGUGCUUCCAGCAAUGGUGGCUUUUGCUAGUGGCCUAGGGGGAGAGGGAACCGAUACCUUUACUAAACUUCUUCUGGAGGAUCCAGCCUUGAAGUCCAACCCAACUAUCAUCACUCAGGAUCUGGUGUCCUUUUCUCUCCGUGAUGGAUUUUAUGAUUCUAGAAGCCGAGUGCUGACAUCACAUGUCUCCUGGCUGCUCCGUGUCCCACCGGAAACAUUAGAGCUCUGCCAGGAGUCCUUGAUGCAGAGCCUGAAGCAGCACACAGAGGAGCCCUCAGAGUCGGCACAGGCAUCUCGCAGAAAGAAGGAAAGCCGGAAAAAGUUGAAAAGAUACCUUCUGAUUGGCCUGGCCACUGUUGGAGGUGGUACUGUGAUAGGUCUCACAGGUGGGCUCGCCGCUCCUCUGGUAGCUGCAGGGGCUGCAACAAUUAUCGGCAGUGCAGGAGCAGCAGUACUGGGAUCUACAGCUGGCAUUGCCAUUAUGGCGUCGCUCUUUGGCGCAGCCGGAGCUGGACUGACAGGUUACAAGAUGAAGAAACGAGUUGGAGCCAUAGAGGAGUUUGAGUUUUUACCCCUCACUGGAGGACGGCAGCUGCACAUUAGUAUUGCUAUUACUGGCUGGCUUUCUACCGGCAAAUAUGGAAGCUUUGUGGCCCCUUGGCAGAGUUUGCUCCAUUCGUCAGAGCAGUAUUGCCUAGCGUGGGAGUCCAAAUAUCUGAUGGAGCUGGGCAAUGCACUGGACACCUUGUUAAACGGACUCAUGAAUGUGGUGGCACAGGAAGCAUUGAAGUUUACCAUCCUAUCAGGGAUUGUGACUGCCCUGACGUGGCCAGCGUCGCUCAUCACUGUGGCCAGUGUGAUUGAUAAUCCAUGGGGGGUGUGUCUUAGCCGCUCGGCAGAGGUUGGCAAACACCUGGCACACAUACUGCUCAGUAGGCAACAGGGGAGGAGGCCUGUGACUCUGAUAGGGUUCAGCCUCGGUGCCAGAGUCAUUUAUUUCUGCUUACAAGAGCUGGCCCAGGAAGCAGACUCAGAGGGGAUCAUCGAGGACGUGGUAUUGCUGGGGGCCCCAGUGGAAGGUGAUGCAGAUCGAUGGGAGCCACUAACUCGGGUUGUGGCUGGGAGAAUUGUUAAUGGUUACUGCAGGGGGGACUGGUUGCUGAGCUUUGUGUAUCGCAGCUCCUCGGCCAAACUGAACGUGGCAGGUUUGCAGCCAGUGCUCUUAAAAGACAGGCGAAUGGUUAAUAUGGACCUCUCCUCUGUGGUGAAAGGACACCUGGACUACAUGAAGCAGAUGGACACCCUACUUAAAGCUGUUGGCAUCAAAACCAAAGAGUGCCGUCUGGGAGAGCAGAGCGGCCUCCUGUACCAGCCCCCAGUCAUUGCUACAGUGCAGGAAAGCAAGCUGGCUCCAGGUGACUUAGUAGACACAGGAAAGGACGACUCCUGGGACUGGGAACCUGUAGCAAGAACCAAAACCCCUCAGUCUUCAUGGACAGAUUGUCCAACUCACAGCCAAUCAGAAGACUCGCAAGCUGCGGAACAAACAAACUCUUGCUCUGUUAAGGGCUGUGCUGGGAAAGAAACAGGGAAGCGGUGCCCGGACUUUACCAACAAUAAUGAUUACCCCUUGGAGGAAGUGGGAGCUGCCUCACAAUAGAACUGCAAGGAAGUGAUGCGUUUUGUUGCACCCAUGGAACAGCGAAUCACACACAUCUGUGAUAAAAUAUCAGUGACUCUUUAGCAGACCUGCCUAACUACAACUGGAACCUACUAACCAGGCUGUCAUGGCUAGAAGGCUGUGACUAGGGAUAGAUUGUCCCGUGAUCCUUACAGUAUUAACAACCUCAGUGAUUAUACAACGUAAUCAGUAUUUAUUUGGGUUCAGAUACAAAAAAUCUGGAUCCCUGAGUACUAAGCACACUCCAGCAGGAACAGCCUGUGCAGAAAGAUGUUAGAUUAGUAUUUAUCUCCUAUAGUUAGCCCAGUUCAUACUGACCCUUUCACUCCACUGUGAUGAACAUAUAUAAUAAUAAUGGCAAAGUAUUGUAUAGGAUAGUGUAGGUCAGUAUGGGAUAGUGGGCCGGCUGAAGUCCAAAAAUACUGGAACAUGUUCUUAGUGAUGAUGGCAGCUGAAAAAUUGGCCUUCUCUUGUGCUAAUGUGACCCGCGGCCAAUGGAAAUGCUACAAUAAUCAAUAUGCUCCAUAGCAACCAGUCAGAUCUUUGCUUGAAAAUAUAGUACAUCAUUUCUGCGUAAGUAAUACUAAUGAAAUUAUAUUUUAAUCAAUUUAAAUUCUUGUAUAAGCACUGUCGUGUUUAAUUUAAUGGGGAUCCAUCACCAAAAUUAACUUUUAUUCUAUUGUUGAGAAACUGGGGAAAAAAAAAGCAAAAAUGUAAUUGGUUUUAUUAAAAAAUUCAGAAUCAUAAGAAAGUUAUAGACCUUAAUUAACACUGCAGCGACACAAUUAUACCUCAGUAGCGUCCGCAUUUAUAGCUAGGGGGACGUACCACUAGAGACACAUUUAUCGCAGCUAAUGGUCGAAUUUCAAAUUCAUGUGAGUUUUUUAAACUCCCAUAAAUGUGAAAUUUGUCUAGUCUAAAUUUAUUAAUAAGAUCAAAUUUUUUUAACUCAAACUAAUCUAAACGACCCGGAAACUCGAAUCGAAUUAACAAAAACUUGAUUUCUCCAAAAAAAAAACUUGAAUGUCAGGAAGGCAACAAACAUCGCCAAACUGAUCCCUGUACCUCUCCCAUUGACUUAUAAGUAAUUCAGCAGGUUUUAGAUGGCGAAAAAGGGAGAAUUGUUUUC